AUCAGGAAGGUACCACCCAGGUACAUGGCAGAAAAAAGCCACUGAGUCUGACCUUCAUUCUUUGCCAUGGGCCACGGUGUGUUUGUAGGGUUAGAGAGCCGUGGUGCAGAGCCACCUUUGCCCUUGCUGAUUGAGAGCUGGGUAAGGGUUGGGUCACUUGAUCAAUUUACCAGUGUUGAUGGAGCAUUUACUCUGGGUGUUUCUGCAGCAGGAAGAAUUUCAGGGACACAUCACUCGGAGUCAUGGGCAACUGAGUCAAAUGGCUUUUGGUGGCCUCUGACACGGUCUCUCAUUCAGCUUUUACUCAGCGAAUAAUUUGAAGUGUUGCUCCAUGGAUCAGGGGGUGGACUAGACUCUGGGGAUUCCAUGGUGAGCCAAACAGACAUAGUUUUUGCCCUCGGGGACUUACCAUCUUGUGCAGGAGGAGAUGGGGUGCAGAGUUACAAGCAAGAAUGGCACGAGUGUUUAUAAAAUAUAAUAAAUGCCAGUGAAUAAAAGCUCUGUGCUGUAAAGGCACAAAAUAGGGAGUCCUGAUCUGGCCGUGAAGCUCAGGGAAGUGCCAUUUGACCUGGGCCUGAGUAAUGAAGACAGGAAGACUUGGCUCAGGCCAAGUCCAUCAAAUGGGAAAGACCACUCCUGACUCCCCACCUAAAUACCUUAGGUGACAUAAAGAAAGAUGAACACUCAUCCACCCCCAAAACCAAAGGCAGACUAUCAAUCUCUUGAAAGUAUCUGAGGAGGGAUGCUUAUAACUUUAGGCCAGUGAGCCUAGGUGGAACUACAUUAGCUUCCCUAGCUGUCACGAGGUAGGAUUACCCUCCAUCCUUUUGCACCAUUUGCCUGUUUGCCUUCCAAGAUCGGAAACUCCUGAUUUCUGUCAACCAGAAAAACUGGCAGUUGUCGGGUCUCCUGCAUGGGCAACUUUAAUAAGACGACUGGAGAUGGUUUCCUUCCUACUGGCGUUAUACAUAAUCUCAAAAGUCUACAGCUUUCAGGAAACAAAUGGAAAAGACAGAGGGAGGGAGGCUUGGGAGGAGUGGAAGCAGGGCAUUGACUUCUAGGCAGAGACGGCCCCUCAAGUCCAGCUCUGAGGGAGACAUAAAGAGCCCUUGUCACAAUGCCUGUUGGGCAUUUCAGCUCCUCAGAGUGUCAAAGAAUCCGGCAGAAGAAGCCCCAGAGUCCAGCAAAACAGUCGCAGGUAGAUGUCUACUGUCAAUGGCUUCCUAGUAAAUGCUUAACGCCCUGUUCUCCAGAUUUGGUUUUCAGCUGCUAUUUGCGGAGGUUGCUGAUUCCUGUGGUGUAAACGCUCCCGCCGUAGCCAAUUUUCAAGCAACCAGCCUGACCCCAUUGCAUGUGGGGCUGGGAAGAGAGACCCAGGAGAGGCCCUCAGGAGCCCCUCAAGCCUCGCUCUAGCACAUGGCUGUUACAUUCGCCAGAAUCCGAGAGGGUGGGAUCACCGAUAACAGCAACAGCCCUAGACAAGGAUUUGACCUCCUUCCAGAUGGACGGACCGUAGAGACAAAAGCAGCCCAGUGCUUUCUCUGUAGGUCCAGAUUGCUCUGUAGGAUGCUCUCCUCAUUGAGAGCAUGAGCAAAGAGGAAGAACCAACAUGAGGCCUUAGAGGGAAAAACACCCAAGUAAGGUAAAAGGAGCAGUAAAUUAGUUACUACAACUGCAGAAUAAGAAUUUUAGGAAGCUGCCAGAUAUCUGCAACAGGAAGAAGUGCGACCCUGGUGGGCUAGGAUCACAACGUAACGGGGAGGGAGAGGGCCGGGAUGAAAAGGCAUCAGAGUCAGCUGGAAGGAGGAUGAAUGAAGUAGAGAAAGAAGGCCAGGAUACGAGCUGUGUAAUAGCAGAAUGAAAUGUUCACGGAAAAUAGAAUUACGUUGCUAUUAUGGAAGGUAGUUUGGGGUUUGCUCUCCCACAGUGCAAAAUUAAGAAAUGAAAACAGUGAGAGAGAAAAUGAGGGCAACGGAGGACAGAAAUAGGAGCUCUAAAGUGAGGAUUAUGGGGAAAAACUGAGAAAGAAGCCUGAACCAUUGAAUAGAAGAAAUACCUAAAGGAAUGAUCAAAGAAGAUAUUCCCAAACUAGGAAGAACCUGCCUCUGUAAAUCCAAAAGGCUCAUUGUGUUGUGGGAAAAAUGAAAAAGAUCCACGCUGUACUUAUUUUGUCAUUAAUAAAAUUCUAACAUAAUGGAAGGAAAAUCUUUGACUAUAACAGCAUAAAAGAAGUUGCCUACAAAGGAAACAGACCAGGCUGGCCUCCCUCCAUUUUCUCCUCUGUGACUUCAAAUGUUAGAAGACAGUCUUCAGAGUUUUGAGGGGGAGAGGUCCUGGCCUAAGGAUUAUGCUUUUAUAGGUAAAGAUGGGAGAAGUGCCUUAUGGGGAUUUGCAGAGCAGAGAGCCGACUGAGGUGGGGCUGUAGGGGAAGAGUUCUGGGGGAGUGGGGAAGGUCAGGAAUGAGGCAGAGGACUCUUCCCAUACUUGUGAUGGUUUGCCUUUAAGACUGUAUGGGGUGCGGGGCGCCUGGGUGGCUCAGUUGGUUGGGCGACUGCCUUUGGCUCAGGUCAUGAUCCUGGAGUCCCGGGAUCGAGUCCCGCAUCGGGCUCCCUGCUCGGCAGGGAGUCUGCUGCUCCCUCUGACCCUCCUCCCUCUCAUGCUCUCUGUCUCUCAUUCGCUCUCUCAAAUAAAUAAAUAAAAUCUUAAAAAAAAAAAAAAAAGACUGUAUGGGGUGCAAGUGUUAUUUUUAUUUUUAUAAGGAACAUGUGGUUCUAUUAAAAAAAAAAGAUAAAAACCAUAACCUAAUAAGGUAGAUCAGGAAGACAUUUAUUCCAUCUUGUUGAUGAGACAUCAAGGCUGAGAGAGUGCUUCUGAAGGCUCCUACUUGACAGGAUUAGGUCCAGAAUCCACAUGUUUUGACUUCCGUUAAAUAUGCCACGAGCUCUGCCAGUUCCACCAUAUUGUCUCUUUGGAAGGCGACAGUCCCGCUGAUGGAUGGCCUGCAUAUGGGUGGUGCCCUGGGAGCAGAGCAGAUGGGAGAGGUGGAUGAUGGUGGGAAGCUGUGUUGGUUUGUUCAUUUCUUAAUUUGGUCAGCCAGCAUUUCUUGAGUGUCCGGUAUGUGUUGGGCACUGUGCUAGGCAUGGGGAUUGCAGGCAUGAAUCAAAUGCCACCUACGUGUAUUCUUCUGAGACUCAGUGUACUGCUGUGAGGGAGAAGAUGAAACACAGAGUUCUGCUUGGUCAAGGCCGGAGGUAGGGGUAAGCACAUACAUUAUGCAAAGCCUAAGCCCAUCAGAAUCAUCUGGAGGACUUGGGAAAAGCCAGAAGGCGAGACCCCACCCCUGGAGCUCUGAUUCAGUAGGUGGAGCCCAAGAAUUUGCAUUUCUGCCACCAAACCCUGGGAUUAGUUGAGAGUUCCCGAGGCUUCGGGUUUAGGAAAAAUUCAUCCAUCUUGCAGAUUUGGAGGUUAGAGAGGAUGUAUUCCUUGGGACUCAUUUAGGUUCUGAGACACAUCUAGCCAAGCAGGAUUCCCCUGGUCCCUCAGAGAAAUAAUUCUGAAGGUGCACACUAUCUAAUUUGGAGUGCCCCCAUAGGUCUGUGGCUGUGCAGGGUAAAGUUAGAGUCUUGAUUCUGGAAGAACCCUCGCUCCAUUCAUUGCUGAGCUAAGUAUGGAGUAAGGGACUCCAAGUGGCCUGUGUUAACAGUCACUGUGAAUGGCAGAGUCAGGAGUAGAGGGCAAGUUCCCGGAUCCCCCCCCUCCGCCGCACCGUGUUCCUUUCCAACAUCACCACCCUGCUUCUCACCCCUCUGUUUCCGUUAGACCUGCUGGGCAGUUAUUUCCUCAGCAAGUUUGAUUACUCCUAUCCCCUGCCACCAGGUCCUGCAGGCAGCCACUGAAGGGUUAACUUCAGUUGGACCCGGAGCCCCGAGCCAAGUACAGAGUGUCCAUUGUGCGCCCGCCCCCUCCGGAGGAGUCGCUGACUGCUGGAAUGUGACAAGGCAGAAGGUUUUCACCUUGCGUCGUUGGCUUCCCUCCUCUUUGCAGAUCUGACCUCUUCUGAACACGUGGCUGUGUCUGCAUCCCUGGGACUCUGAACCCAGCAGCUGGACCACUUUGUCCUUGGGAUUUUGGACGUCCUCUCUUCUCACCUUUCCCUUUCCCCCUCUUCCGUCCCACCUCCUGAGAACUCCUGAAGACUGUAGGAUUGUCAUGGAGUCCAGGGAGAUCUUAAGCAGCUCCCGGCAAAGGGGGGACGAGUCGGAAUUCCUGCCUGUCUCCUCGAACAAGCCCCCAGCUGCUCCUGGCUGUGCAGGCGAACCUUUGCUCUCUGCUCCAGGAGCUGGGAAGGGGAUCCCAGUGGGCGGAGAACGCAUGGAGCCGGAGGAGGAGGAUGAACUGGGCUCAGGGCGAGAUGUGGAUUCCAACUCAAACGCAGACAGCGAGAAAUGGGUUGCAGGAGAUGGCCUGGAAGAACAGGAAUUUUCUAUCAAGGAGGCAAACUUCACAGAGGGGAGUCUGAAGCUGAAGAUUCAGACCACCAAGCGGGCUAAGAAACCCCCAAAGAAUCUGGAGAACUAUAUAUGCCCGCCUGAGAUCAAGAUCACCAUAAAGCAAUCUGGCGACCAGAAGGUGUCCCGUGCUGGGAAAAAUAGCAAAGCCACGAAGGAGGAGGAAAGAAGCCACUCCAAAAAGAAGCUCCUCACAGCCAGUGACCUUGCAGCCAGCGACCUCAAAGGAUUUCAGCCACAGGCUUACGAGCGGCCACAGAAACACUCAAAUCUCCACUAUGACCCAGGCCUCCCACAGGACGUCACCAGUGACACCUUAAAACCAAAGCACCAGCAAAAAAGCAGCAGCCAGAACCACAUGGACUGGUCCACCAACUCUGACAGUGGACCUGCCACUCAGAAUUGCUUCAUCAGUCCAGAGUCUGGCAGAGAAACUGCAAGCACCAGCAAGAUCCCCGCUCUUGAGCCCGUGGCUUCCUUUGCAAAGGCCCAGGGUAAGAAAGGCAGUGCAGGGAGCACGUGGAGUCAGCUGUCCAACAGCAAAGAUCUGCUCUUGGGAGGUGUGGUCCCAUCCCCAGGCAGCCACAGCUCCCCAGCCCCACCCAGCAGCUCUGUCGAGUGCAACGGACUUCAGCCCUUGGUAGAUCAAGAUGGAGGAGUUGCAAAGGAGCCCCCAGAACCACCUACCAUAGGCAGCAAGAAAAAGUCCAGUAAAAAAGAUGUGAUAAGUCAAACCAUAGCAAACCCAGACCUGGACUGGGUCAAGAAUGCCCAGAAAGCAUUUGACAAUACAGAAGGGAAAAGGGAAGGCUACCCUGCAGAUAAUGCCCAAGAGGCAUCACCAGCCAGGCAGAAUUCGAGUUCUGUCAGUAAUCCUGAAAAUGACUCAAGUCAUGUCCGGAUUACUAUCCCUAUCAAGGCACCCUGUCUAGAUCCAACCAGCCAUAAGAGGAAAAAGAGACAGUCCAUCAAAGCAGUGGUAGAAAAGAUCAUGCCAGAGAAAGCCCUGGCUUCUGGAAUCACUAUGAGCAGUGAAGUGGUUAACAGGAUACUUUCCAACACUGAGGGAAAUAAGAAAGAUCCCCGGGUCCCUAAGUUGAGUAAAAUGAUAGAGAACGAGUCCCCCUCAGUUGGCCUUGAAACAGGUGGAAAUGCCGAGAAAGUCGUGCCAGGAGGCGUGUCUAAGCAGCGGAAGCCACCCAUGAUCAUGACGCCUCCAACAUGCACGGACCACUCUCCAUCGAGGAAGUUGCCAGAAAUCCAGCAUCCCAAAUUUGCUGCGAAACGGAGGUGGACGUGCAGCAAACCAAAGCCCACCAGUAUGCUUCGGGAGGCAGUCCUGGCCACCUCCGAUAAACUGAUGGUGGAACCGCCGUCUGCCUACCCCAUCACCCCAUCCAGCCCUCUGUACACCAACACAGACAGUCUUACUGUGAUUACGCCCGUCAAGAAGAAGCGGGGGCGGCCGAAGAAGCAGCCUUUGCUCACGGUGGAGACGAUUCACGAGGGGACUUCCACCAGCCCGGUCAGUCCCAUCAGCCGGGAGUUCCCUGGCACGAAGAAAAGAAAGAGACGACGCAGUUUAGCUAAGUUGGCCCAGCUGGUGCCAGGACAGGACAAGCCCAUGAGCGAGAUGAAGUUUCACAAAAAAGUUGGAAAGCUUGGGGUGUUGGAUAAGAAGACCAUCAAAACCAUCAAUAAGAUGAAAACACUCAAGAGGAAAAAUAUCUUGAACCAGAUCUUGUCCUGCUCCAGCAACAUUGCUCUGAAGGCGAAAGCUCCCCCGGAGACCAGCCCCGGGGCAGCGGCAAUUGAGAGCAAAUUGGGCAAGCAGAUCAACGUCAGCAAGAGGGGAACCAUCUACAUCGGCAAGAAGAGGGGCAGGAAGCCAAGAGCGGAGCUGCCACCCCCAUCCGAGGAACCCAAAACAGCCAUCAAGCACCCAAGGCCUGCUUCUAGCCAGCCGGACGUUCCAGCCGUGCCUUCCAACUUUCAGUCCCUUGUGGCAUCUUCACCAGCAGCUAUGCACCCACUUUCAGCGCCGCUAGGUGGGUCAAAUGGCAACCUGAGCCCUGCCAGCACUGAAACCAAUUUUUCAGAGUCGAAAACUAUGCCAAAUCUCCAGCCCAUCAGUGCUCUUCCAACCAAAACCCAGAAGGGAAUCCACAGUGGAGCCUGGAAGCUGUCCCCACCCAGGCUGAUGGCCAACUCGCCUUCCCACCUUUGCGAGAUCGGGUCACUCAAGGAAAUCACGCUGUCCCCUGUGAGUGAGUCGCACAGCGAGGAGACGAUCCCAAGCGACAGUGGCAUUGGGACGGACAACAACAGCACGUCUGACCAAGCGGAGAAGGGUUCAGAAUCCCGACGGAGGUACUCUUUCGAUUUCUGCUCCCUGGACAACCCGGAGACCAUUCCGUCCGACACCAGCACAAAGACCCGGCAUGGCCACCGGCAGAAGCAUCUCAUGGUGGACAACUUUCUGGCCCACGAAAGCCUCAAGAAGCCAAAGCACAAGAGGAAACGGAAAAGCCUGCAGAAUCGUGAUGACCUUCAGUUUCUGGCAGACCUGGAAGAGCUCAUCACCAAGUUCCAGGUGUUCAGGAUCUCCCACCGGAGUUACACCUUCUACCACGAGAAUCCGUAUCCCAGCAUUUUUCGGAUUAAUUUUGAUCACUACUACCCGGUGCCAUAUAUCCAGUAUGACCCGUUGCUCUAUCUUCGCAGGACUUCAGACCUGAAGUCAAAGAAGAAGCGUGGUAGGCCUGCAAAAACCAAUGACACCAUGACAAAGGUGCCUUUUUUACAAGGGUUCAGCUACCCUAUUCCCAGUGGAAGUUACUAUGCACCCUAUGGAAUGCCUUACACAUCAAUGCCUAUGAUGAACCUUGGUUAUUACAGUCAGUACCCAGCUCCCUUGUACCUAUCACACACGCUCGGAGCCGCUGCCCCGUUCAUGAGGCCGACAGUGCCACCUCCUCAGUUCCACACGAGCUCCCACAUGAAGAUGUCGGGGACAGCGAAGCAUAAAGCAAAGCAUGGAGUCCACCUGCAGGGACCUGUCGGCAUGGGCCUCGGUGACAUGCAGCCGGCCCUGAAUCCUCCCAAGGCGGGUGGCGCCGGUCUGGCCAGCGGUCGGCUCCACAAGAGAAAACACAAACACAAGCAUAAGCACAAGGAAGACCGGAUCCUGGGGACCCAUGACAACCUGAGUGGUCUCUUCGCAGGCAAAGCCACGGGCUUCUCCAGCCACAUCCUGAGCGAGCGGCUGGGUGGUGCAGACAAGGAGCUCCCGUUAGUGAGUGAGAAGAAUAAGCAUAAAGAGAAGCAGAAGCACCAGCAGAGUGAAGCCGGCCACAAAGCUUCCAAGAACAACUUCGAGGUGGACACCCUGUCUACACUGUCACUUUCUGAUGCCCAGCAUUGGACCCAGGCCAAGGACAAAGGUGACUUGAGCGGCGAGCCUGCGGACACGUGCCCAAAAAGGUAUUCCGGCAGCGGCGGCGACAGUGGCAGCACCAGACCCGAGAGCCUGGACGUGUUCAGUGACAUGAACCCUUCGAAUGACAAGUGGGACAGUGACAUGAGCGGGAGUAAAAGGAGGAGCUACGAAGGCUUUGGGACAUACAGGGAAAAGGACCUCCAAGCCUUCAAGAUGAAUCGCAAGGAGAGAAGCUCCUACGACUCCUCCCUGUCUCCAGGGAUGCCAAGUCCCCACCUAAAAGUGGACCAAACGGCACCACACAGUAAGAACGAGGGCUCCACAUCCACCAUGAUGACCAGGAAGAAGCCAGCCGCGGUUGACAGCGUGGCAAUCCCCCCGAGCCCAGUGCUAUCGCUCCUUGCUGCAUCUGCAGCCACGUCUGAUGCAGCCAACUCCUCCCUGAAGAAGCGAUUCAAGCGGCGGGAGAUCGAGGCCAUCCAGUGCGAGGUGCGCAAGAUGUGCAACUACACCAAGAUCCUGUCCACCAAGAAGAACCUGGACCACGUGAACAAGAUCCUGAAGGCCAAGCGGCUGCAGAGACAAUCAAAGACAGGCAACAACUUCGUCAAGAAGAGGAGAGGGCGUCCCCGGAAGCAGCCCAGCCAGUUCGACGAGGACUCCAGAGACCAAAUGCCGGUGCUGGAAAAAUGCAUCGACCUUCCCAGCAAGAGGGGGCAGAAGCCGAGCCUGAGCCCGCUCGUCUUGGAGCCAGCGGCCACCCAAGACACCAUCAUGGCCACCAUCGAGGCGGUCAUCCACAUGGCCCGGGAGGCGCCGCCCCUGCCCCCGCCGCCGCCGCCGCCCCUCCCGCCCCCGCCCCCGCCCCCGCCGCCGCCGCCCCCGCCCCUGCCCAAGACCCCCCGAGGAGGAGGGAAGAGGAGACACAAACCCCAGCCUCCCGCCCAGCCCCCGCAGCAGCCGCCCCCGCAGCAGGCCCUGCCCCAGGAAGAGGAGGUGAAGGCCAAAAGGCAGAGGAAGUCCCGAGGGAGUGAGAGCGACGGCCUUCCCUAGGGGGGGUCUGGGCGUCUGGACCUGGGGCCGGGGAACUGACACAUUGGGGAGUGCAGGGAGCCGGGCUGGGGGCGGAAUCCCACGCUGCAGGGACACCGAUGCCCCUCUCUCCUGAAGCUGGGCAGGCACAAUCGAGCCCGAUGACGGGGUGGAUCCAUCAGUAGCUCUUGGGAAAGCAAAGCAGGGGGACGCCGUCAAAAGAAGCUUGUCUGUGCUUUACAGCAGUUGCAAACCACGCGGCACUUCAGUAUGGCUCGAUGCUUUGCAGGCGAGCAGAAGACCCACGGAGGAGGAGAAAGAGCCGGUGGUGCUCUCUGACAGCCACCUGACCUCCUGCAUCCAAGGUGCGUCUCUGAUUCCAUUGCAUUUGCUGGCCAGGAAAAUUGAAAGGGAAGCACCCUCAAUUAGGAAACAUUCCAAGGGGAGAAAAGCUGCAGAUUUCUCGACUGGCUUUGUUGUAACCCAUUUCCAUUUCAUUGGUUUUUUACUUUUAUUUUGGUUUUUCCAAGCUCGGCUAGGCUUUGGGGCACCCACAUCAUCUUCAGGUGACCUGAAUCUUUCCGUUAACCAUACAGUUUCUCAGAUGGAUUCGUCAUCAGAAGGUGGAAUUCUAGUGAUAGGCAACCUUAGACACGCAUUCAUAUUCUUCCGUUCGCCUCCUCUGUACCACACGCUGAGAUUUAGCGUAGUCAGUUCCUAGUUUUCCUUUUGCCCGUUGUACUUCCAUAUACCUUUUCAUUAACUUACUUGCUGCCUUCUUUUCCUUGGUACACGCCUAAAUAACGUAAACUUUAUGUGUGUUGUAAUGUUCACCCUUGGCAUGCUGUCCCAAGGAACUUGGCUUUGAAUCCCAAUCAUUGUGAGACAGAUACUCAGUAUUGAUAGAGCCUUUUUAGUAAGUGAUUUAGAGCAGCCGAGGAUAUGUUGGCCGGGGUGUCAACCAGGUUAUUUUUAUACUUAAAACAUAUCAGCAGAGAAUAGGCAGAAUAAAAUGGUUUUAAUAAACCCACAGCAAAUGGAAUAACUGACAGAUCACCAAAAAUUGAAACCCCAGACCCACCAGAAAGACAAAUGUCUAGCAAUGCCUUGGUAUGUGAAUUUUCAUACAAGUAACUAUCAUAAUAGGUCGUUGAAAAAAGGAAACAAAAAGACAAUAGAAUAAGUCCAUUAUCUCUUGAUGAUUAUUUCUUAAAAGCAAAUGGGAGUAAGUGUUCUUAUCUGGAAAAAAAAAAAAAGAAAAAAUGCUCAAAGGGUAUCACCACUCCAAUUGUAUGAAGCCACCUUGGACAAAGUAUCCAAAUUGUGGUUGCCUUAAUAAACUAAAACAUUUUUGUACAUAAUGUAAUUAUAAAUCUAUCAGUCUGCAUGGAUGCAAACUGUGUGUGACAAAUCGUCUUUUAAAUGGUCAAUUUCAACUGUACAUUUCUCAUCCAAGUUGUACUCUAGCCAUCGGUUUAGCGUGGACAGAUAUUCCAUCUCUAUCACCCAUUUCCACAGCUCAAGUAAAACAUGUUAAGAAGACUCAGAAUGAAUAUGAAGUUACUCCAUUGCCGUAGAUGUUUUCUAAAAGUCAGAUGUGGAAAUUUCAAAUAAGUAUUUUCAAUUUCCUCCCUUCCUCCUCCCCUAACCUUCCCCAAGACAUCAAACACCUGGCAUGGUAGAUUAUAAAAAGAGAGACACUGAGAGACAGAAUUCAGUUUUCUAAUGGGAAUUAGAGUAUCUGGUUUACCUCCAAAUUAAGUUUCUUUACAGGAAGUUGGGACUGGCUGGAAAUUGUAUUAUCACUUCAGAACACAACACUGUUUCCUUAGAGAUGGAUUUUUGUUGGGAACACAGGAGAAUAAGGGAUGGGGUAUCUAUGAAAGUAAAUUUAAAAAUCCCAAGUUAAUAUGCUUGCGAACAUCAUUGCUUUGUCAUUGCACCAACAAUUGAUUGAAAUUACUCACACUAUUCUGCACUGUCACCUUGGACUUAACAUCAUUUGCUCCCCACUAGGUCAGUCACAUUUAAUCCUAGCAAUAUGUAAGUUUAAAGGGAUGCAUUCUCCUGUACUUGAAAGCUUAUAUCAUAGAUACUCUAUUUGUGACCUAGGUGGACCUUUGGCAUUUCACACAAGUUGAACAGCAAAAUCAAACCAGCCACUUUCAAUUUGUCAUUCCCAAGCCAUGUCUGAGUGGUUCUAAAGUCACCGGAGAGGAAGAUUUAAAUUAGCCCCGCUCACCCCACCAUUGCUAUGAAAGAGCAACCAUUUUCAUUCCAAUUAAACCAUAAAGGGGGUUCUCUCCUGUCAGACUUUGAAAAAUCAGUUCCUUCAUUCUUUCUUUUGCCCCUCUUACUUCUGCUGUUGUUGUACUAUUUCCCCAACCGAGACUGUGAGUAGACUAAAUCAUCCUGCAGACAGGAAUGAGCUGCCACUCUCUAAGCUUCUUAAAGAAAGACCCAACCCCUAAUUGACAUUAACAUCUCUAGUUGGAGAGAAAUUUCAGAUAACUUAAGGAUGCAUUAGAAUUUCCAGACCGAGGUAAAGUAUUCCUGGAGGGAUACAGCGGGCUUGUAACUUAUUCGUAAAUUCAGUUCUACAGUUGUCAUGUGAGUUAAAUGCAAAUCCUCCACGCUUAUGGCCCUAAGAAUAGAUGAGGAAACUGCAGAGGACCCAGGGUGAGACAUGCUGAACAGCCCGUGGAAGGUGGAAGCAAGUCCGGCACCUACAAGCUUCCUCUUUCCCCUGCCCAGCUCCCCUUCAAUGUCAUGUGAUAUUUUCCUUUUCCUUCUACCUUCCAUUAAAUUAACUCAUCUCAUUGGUACAACCAUUUCCUUGUUCUCUAAGUAAUCCCUUCCCAUUAGCCUCUCCUCUCCUGUCCAGGCUCAACAUUGGGCCAGUCUAGUUUCACCUCUCAUUAGCUGCAGACCCAGGAUGAGAACCCCAGCCAUCCUGACCCGGACCGGGGAGACUCUAGCCAGUCAACACUGCCUUCUGGGGCUGCAUUUUUGUUUAGAGAAGAUGUCAUUUGGGAUGCACGGGACUCCAUAAAACACCGCCACAAAUUAUUUCAUUAGAAAUCUCUUGGUGGUGGUGGUUUUUUGUUUUGUUUUGUUUUCUGGAAUACUUUCCUUCCACAAGCAGGCGUGAACCCACUUACAGGGAGUCUGAUUAGGGGUGAGCAAAGGAUGAAACUGAGAUGUAAAAGCCUCCUUGUAGGUGAUGAUGGGUCUCUGAUCCACCUUCCUAAGUGGUUGAGGAGCCACUUGCUUUUCAACCCCUCAUCUCAAAUGAAAGAUACAAAAGUCGAACUUCCUCUAAUAGCAUGGCUCCGGCUACAACCCAAGGAAGAUAGGUCAAAAGAAAGGAGAGCAUGUCACGGGCUGGUUUGUGACUUGGCAGGACCGGGACCCAACAGCCACUGACAGCCCGGAGUAGGUGACUAAGGGCUGACAGAGGAUUAGCAUGUUAACUUGGCUGCUGUCUGGAGUGGGAGGCCACGUUCUGUGGCAGCCGGAAUUUGUGUUCUGCACAUUGCUGGCUCUAUAAAUAUGAUAAGCAAGUGGUGACAGAAUUAUAGUAUAAGGUGAUGUACUACAUGCAGAUCCUAAAGGAUUUGGUUUUAGUACUUUAGUAGAAAAAUCCCACUCCUACAGCUUAUUACCCAACAAUAUUCAGAUAAUGAGUUUUUGGAGAAUAUUUUUUUCCCUACCACUAGGAAGAUUUACCUGGGAACUGUCUAAAGUCUAUACAUAUAUUUCCAAAGCCUUUAAAUGCCAACUGUAGCAUGGAGAGAGAUGGGGUGGCAGAAGCCGAAAUGCCUCAAAAGCCAUUUAAGUGUUACAUUGCAGGAUUUUCAGUCCUUCUCAUCAUGUAAAAGCAGAUAAAUAUAGACAUUAUUCUCAACACUACCCUCUAGUAUCACAAUGGUCCAAAUGCCAGAGCUUACAGAUAAUGUCAUCACAGUGCCUAGAAACUCGAACUGUAAUAUACCGUAGCAUUUUCUUGGUGUUUUUUAAAGUUUCUUUCCACAAUACAAGGCUCCCUCUGCUUCUUGUUUCUUGGAGAGUUUGCCCCACUGAUGAGUCUUCCCUCCCGUGGGACUCGGUCAUUUGGGGAACAGUCUUAGAAGCACAUAUCAACCAAGGAAGAAACUUCCUGGAUAUCGAUUGCCCACUUCCCCAGGUAUAAUAAACACUACAGGGGGGGAAGGAUUGAGAAGAGCUGCCACCGGUCAACACAGAAGGGCAGUUCCAACCUAGGCUGGUGUCUUUCUUUUCUUCCUUUUUUAAAAAAUCUAUUUCUUAAAUAAUAAUAAAUGCACAUGAUGUGUUAAAUAUGUAUAUAUAUAUUUCAAAAGAAAAAAUGGGGCACAAGAUUGUCUUAUAAGUCGUGCUGGCUAAUUUUUAGUUUGUAUUCAUAAGUGGUUUUUAAAAGCCUUUUUUAAAGUGUAAUUUGCAUGUUCUACUUUGAUUGUAUGUAAACAUAUUUUAGAACAAAAAAUGUAUUUGUAUUUUAUUGAAUAUAGAGGCAAGAAAAUUGUACAUUGUUUGAAAUGUUCUUUUUGUAACAGUUUUUAUUCAUAAAGCAUUUUUGUACAUUUAAAAUGAACACGGACUUGCUGUUAUUUGAGGCGUAGAUACAUCUGGCAUGCUUUACUGUCAUGCUCCUCCAUGGUCUUAGAUGUUGGGUUUUAAACAUUUUUUCUAAAAGAAAGCUCAGUCUUUUUCGCUACCAGAUCAGGUUAGCACAGUAUAGAGCACUUAACUAUUAAAAAAAAAAAAAGUUAAUCCUAUUCAUAUGUUAUUCAUUGUGUGAAAUUAAAGACAUUCAAUUCAGUCUAA